AUGGUUGUUGGCAGUAGCACGAAUAGCACGCGAGUCAAUGAGAGAAACGCCAUGCUCCUCCUUGUUAAUCCUAAUAAUCUUUUAGCCGAAUGGAUUGAGCUGUACCAUAAGUUAAUGAACCGUACAACUGUCAUCAAACCGGCAACGUAUGAAUCGUCCGAUGACGAAGAAGAAGAAAUUGUAAAUGAAAUGCGAAUACCUAGGUUAUUAUAG